CAAACUUUAACUAAAUACCGGAAGGUCUUGACCAGCGGGGGGGUGGGGGUGAGGAGGAAAAUGUUAAUCAAUCCCCAUUUGAUCAGAGCUUGACGAUGAGCGACUCGCAGAGUUCGUCGUCCCCGGAACUGGGCUCCGCCGUCGCCGCCGCCGAUGAGAUUGUUGGGAGGAGUAGAAGAAGCUCUGAUCCUAGUCAGAUACUUGCUUCUCCACCCUCGAGGCACUGGAGGGAUGUCUUUUGGUUAGCGAUAUUUCUGAUCCACUUGUUCGGCUUCGGUCUCAUCCUCGGAGUUCUCGGACUUAACAGGUUCGAGAAAUCGGACAGACUAAAUCUUGACAAGUACACCAGAGUGCCAUCUGAUAGCGAUGCCGGAUUGACGGAGGAGUACUGGCCAUUAUAUGCUGUUGCUGGUGGUGCAGGAACUCUUCUUGGAUGGAUGUGGUUGUUGUUUCUGGGUUCUCAAGCUAAUCACAUGAUGAAAGUGUCGGUGCAUAUAUUGACUACUUAUCUCGCCGUGAUUAGUGUGCUGUGCUUCUGGGGUGAGCGCUUUUUCUGUGGUGUUGCUUUCGCAGUUGGAGCUGCACUGCAGUUUUUGUAUGUGAUAUCUGUUAUAGACAGACUUCCAUUUACCAUGUUGGUACUUCAGAAGGCUGUCAAGAUGGUAUGGAAUCUGCCUGAAGUUUCGAGAAUAGCAUAUUUGUUUAUGCUAGUUAUGCUUUUAUGGAUGGUAAUAUGGUCCUUCGGAGCAGCUGGUGUCAUUGCAUCAAGCAUGGAUGAUGGUAAACAAUGGUGGCUUCUUAUGGUGCUCUCUGUAAGCUUAUUUUGGACAGGUGCAGUUCUCUGCAAUACCGUACAUGUAAUAGUGUCUGGUUUGGUGUUUCUGGUUCUCAUCCAUGGAGGUCGACAAUCAUUGUCGAUGCCUCAAAACUCAUUAUUGAAUACACUUAGAUAUGCUGUGACUACAUCUUUUGGAAGCAUAUGUUACGGAUCACUAUUUACUGCUGCAAUAAGGACCUUGCGUUGGGAGAUCAGGGGAUUCCGGUCGAAGAUUGGCAACAACGAAUGUCUGCUCUGCUGCGUGGAUUUUCUCUUUAACCUUGUGGAGACACUUGUACGCUUUUUCAACAAAUAUGCUUAUGUACAGAUUGCAGUUUAUGGUAAAAGCUUUAACCAUUCUGCAAGAGAUGCGUGGGAGUUAUUUCAGUCCACUGGGGUUGAAGCACUUGUUGCAUAUGAUUGCUCUGGCGCUGUUUUGUUGAUGGGUACCAUCUUGGGAGGGCUUGUAACUGGAACUUGCGCUGGAGUUUGGGCUUGGUUUAAGUCUAAUGAUAGAGUUGUUAUGGUCGGCUCCACUUCAAUGUUGAUGGGUAUGGUUUUGGUUGGAGUGGGAAUGGCUGUGGUGGAAAGUGCUGUUACAUCUAUCUACGUUUGCUUCGCAGAAGAUCCACAGUUGAUUCAUAGAUGGGACGCUGAGUUCUUCAACCAGUUAUCCGAGAUGCUACAUCAGCGUCUUCAACAUAGGAGUGCAAGAGUGACAGAAGUUUUGACACACAAUAGGUUCGACGGUCGGAUACGUAAUACAUUUUCUGUUUGAAAUGUUGACAGGAUAAGGAUGCAAUUGAUCAUCUUAAUAAGUUAUCUAUGAGAAAAAGAUUUAGGUUCUUUUGGUUGUGCAUAUUGGUUCUACCACUCAUUCUAGCUAGAUCAGUUUUUCGCAGCAAUGCUGCAGUGUAAUUGAUGGCUAAUUCUUUUCUAUUUUGCCAAUUGAUAUUACAAGUGAUUUUGUCAA